CAGACAGUUCACACCGGCGAGCGUCCUUAUUCAUGUUCCGAGUGUGGGAAAAGUUUCUCCCAGAAACAACAAGUUCGUACACAUGAGAGAAUUCACACAGGUGAGCGUCCUUAUUUGUGUACAGAGUGCGGGAAAGCAUUCAUUGACAAAGGAUCCCUUGGUAGACACCAUAAAAUUCACACAGGGGAACGGCCUUAUUUAUCACCAGAUAGUUCACACAGGUGAGCGUCCUUAUUCCUGUUCUGAGUGCGGGAAAACUUUCUCUCAGAAACAACAAGUUGAUAAACAUAAGAGACUUCACACAGGUGAGCGUCCCUAUUCGUGUACAGAGUGCGAGAAAACCUUCAUUGACAAAGCAGCCCUUGGUAGACACCAGAGAAUUCAUGCAGGGGUGCGGGCUUAUUCAUGUACAGUGUGCGGAAAAAGUUUCUUUGAAAAAGAAAGACUUGUUAUACACCAGAAAUUUCACACAGGUGAGAAUCCAUUCUCAUGUUCAGAGUGCGGGAAAUCCUUCGCUGACAAAAGAAAACUUCUUAGACACCAGAAAAUUCACACUGGUGAACGUCCCUAUUCAUGUUCAGUGUGUGGGAAAUGUUUCACUGAUAAUGGAGCACUGUCUAAACACAAGAGAAUUCACACUGGUGAGCGUCCUUAUUCUUGUUCAGUGUGUGGGAAAAGUUUCACUCAGGGAGGACACCUUCUUCAACACCAGAGAAUUCACACGGGUGAGCGUCCUUUUUCAUGUUCCGUAUGUGGGAAAUCUUUCACUGAAAACAAAAACCUUGUUAAACACCAGAGAAGUCACACAGGUGAGCGGCCAUUUUGCUGUUCAGACUGCGGGAAAUGUUUUGCAAGUAAAUCCAAUCUUCGUGUACACCUGAGAAGUCACACUGGGGAGCGUCCCUAUUCAUGUUCAGAGUGUGGGAAAAGUUUUGCUGUUAAAACAUUUCUUUUGUCACACCAGAGAAUUCAUACAGGUGAGCGUCCUUUUUCAUGUUCCGUGUGUGGGAAAUCUUUCAUUGAAAAAGGAGCAUUGAUUAAACAUCAGACUAUACACACAGGCGAUGGUCCUUUCCCUUGUUCAGAGUGUGGGAAAUGUUUUUCUGCAAAAGGAAACCUUCUCAAACAUCAGAGAAUUCACACAGGUGAGCGACCUUUUUGCUGUUCAGAGUGUGGGAAAUGUUUUGCACAGAAAUCCACUCUCGUUGUACACCAGAGAAGUCACACUGGUGUGCGUCCUUUUUCAUGUUCAGAGUGCGGGAAAUCUUUCACUCAUAAAGCAAUACUUGUUAAACACCAGAGAAUACACACAGGUGAGCGUCCUUAUUCAUGUUCACAGUGUGGAAAAACUUUCAUUCAGAAAGGAAACCUUGCUGCACACCAGAGAACUCACACAGGUGAGCGGCCUUUUUGCUGUUCAGCGUGCGGGAAAUGUUUUGCACAAAAAAACGCUCUUCUUGUACACCACAGGAGUCACGCAGGUGAAGUCCUUGUACCAAGUGCAGCAAAUGUUUUAUUGUGA